AUGUCGAAAUAUCUGGAAAUUCCCGACGUCGCGUUGACUCCAAAGUGUCUUCAUAAAGAAGCAAUGGCUUAUAUGCUGGAAAAGCAUCGAUCAUCAAGCCGAAUGUCUGUCGAAACGUAUCCAAGUAGAAGUUUCAAAGAAAUGAAAGAAGAAGAAUAUAUUCAGAUUCUGAAGGAUAAAGCUGGUCGUAGAUUUGAAAUGUACGGCACCGUUGGCGAAUUUCUUAAGAAUUUGAAGAUUUAUAGCCGAUUUUCGGAGAGUUAUCGCUAUUUUAAAACACCGAAUGAACCGUAUCAGGCGGAUCCAAUCAUCUAUUAG